AUGGCGACAGACCUCCGCACCGUCCUCGCGAGCCUCGGGGGUAUAAUCAUUCUGACUACGGCUUUCCGUGCCCUCACGAGCGCCCUCGUGUCCGUUCCACGAUGGCGUAAAAGACAGACUCCCACCCAUCUUCUGAUCGUCCUGGGGAGCGGUGGUCAUACCGCAGAGAUGUUCUCCAUGCUCCGACGUGCGAAGCUUGACCCGUCCGAGUAUACGCAUCGCACCUACGUGGUGAGCUCCGGCGAUCACUUCAGUGCUCGAGCAGCGGCUAAGUUCGAGGUCGACCUCCUGGACUCUACGGGAUCUUACACCGUCGUCACGGUGCCUCGAGCCCGUCGCGUGCAUCAAUCCUACUUGACGGCUCCAUUCUCUGCCCUGCACUGCUUCCAUGCCUGUCUGCUGGUGUUACGGGGUCGUCAUCCCGAUCAGAAGCUAUCGCACCUUCCCAUGGCCUCUCCCUACCCGGAUCUCAUCCUUACUAACGGACCGGCUACGGGAGUUUGUGUCAUUCUAGCCGCCAGACUUCUCCGUCUGUAUCAUAGUCUAGUGGCCUUGUUCACGUGCAGAAACCGUCUACAGGGGACCGGUCCGGCCAACCAAACCGACGGCACGCAAUGGCUAAUCCAGGAUUGUUUCCAACUUCGUACGAUCUUUGUAGAAUCAUGGGCCCGGGUGACCAGCUUGAGUCUCUCGGGGAAAUUGCUGCUUCCUUUCGCCGACCGAUUUCUCGUCCAAUGGCCGGCAUUAGCAGGAAAGAGAGCAUGGAGAGGAAUGAGACCAACAGAAUAUGUCGGCACCCUUGUAGAAUGA